AUGUUUUCAAGAUUUGUCCAGACAUCGCAGCUCGGAGCUGUCGUAGGGAAACAUUUCUCUACCUCAGGACAGAAUAAUGCCAAAGUUGCUCUCCUGGGUGCAGCUGGUGGUAUUGGACAGCCUCUUGCCCUCUUGCUGAAGCAGUCACCUCUGGUAACACACCUGGCUCUGUAUGAUAUAGCCCACACUCCAGGUGUUGCUGCUGAUGUUAGUCACAUAGACACCCGUGCCAAGGUCACCGGACAUUUGGGUGCCGAGCAGCUGGCAGAUUGUUUGAAGAAUGCUGAACUGGUGCUGAUCCCUGCUGGAGUUCCUAGGAAGCCAGGCAUGACCAGAGAUGACUUGUUCAACACAAAUGCCAGCAUUGUUGCCAAUUUGGUUGAUGCCAUUGCCAAAAACAGCCCAAAAGCCAUCAUUGGUAUCAUAACCAACCCAGUAAACUCUACAGUCCCCAUUGCCGCUGAAGUGUUGAAGAAACGAGGGGUCUAUGAUGAAAGGCGGGUCUUUGGCGUGACGACUCUGGAUGUGGUCAGGUCAAACACAUUCAUCGCUGAGGCCAAGGGCCUUGAUGUCACCAAGGUGGAGUGCCCAGUCAUCGGUGGCCACAGUGGCAUCACCAUCAUACCUGUCAUUUCUCAGUGCACACCCUCAGUGACCUUUCCACAGCCUGAAAGAGAGAAGUUGACUGUCAGGAUACAGAAUGCAGGCACAGAAGUUGUGGAGGCGAAAGCUGGAGCUGGCUCAGCAACAUUAUCAAUGGCUUUCGCAGCUGCAGAAUUUGCCAAUUCAUUGCUGGAGGCAUUGAAUGGAACCGAGGGUAAAGUGCAGUGUGCAUACGUCCGCUCCAAUGAGACAGAGGCCAAGUACUUUGCUACGCCUAUCUUGCUUGGGAAAAAUGGUGUCGAGAAGAACCUUGGCAUCGGAAAGCUGUCCGACUAUGAACGUGGCCUGGUGACCGCAGCUCUUCCAGAGCUCAUCGCUAACAUCAAGAAGGGAGAGGAUUUUGUUGCAACCCAGUUUAAGCAGUAG